AUGACUGGUAGCAAAGAAUUGAAAGACGGGUCAUCUGAAAAUGCUCCUUUAGUAUUUAUUGGCGGUGGGAACAUGGCAGCCGCUUUGAUUACGGGAUGUGUAGCAAAACGUUUCGUCGAGAAAGAUCGUGUCGUAAUCAGUGUUCGGACAGAAAAAUCUGCAGAAAAAUGGAGACAAAAGGGAUACGUUAAUGUAUUCACAAAUACGCUUGAAAUGUUGGAGAAGUAUCCGACGGCUAUCUACAUAAUUUGUGUUAAACCUCAAAUCUUUAAUGAAGUCGUUUCAAGCUGGCCUGUAAAUUCAAGACCGAAGUUUAUAGUUUCGGUUAUGGCAGGAGUGCCGCUUCCAACUCUUAGUGCUAAACUUCCAUUUGUGUCCGGAAACACUACUAUUAUACGCAUGAUGCCGAGUGUUGCAAGUUCAAUCGGUGCUGCUGCUACGACGAUGUGCUACGAAAAGAACGACAAAAUUGAAAACCAAGACACCUACAUCAAGUACGCUCGUGAGUUUGCAGAAUGCAUUGGAACUGUCGAAAUCAUUCCGGAACGGUGCUUCAAUCCUGCUAUGGCAAUUGGUGCAAGCAGUCCUGCAUGGACUUUCAUGUACAUCGAAUCUCUGGCCGAUGGAGCAGUUGCACAAGGACUAGGAAGAGCUGAAGCAAAAAGAAUUGCUGCCCAGGCGGUGUUGGGUGCCGCCCAGAUGCUUCUAAACUCGGAGUCUGGGUUCGAUAUCGAAAAGCAGCAUUUCGGAUGGCUCAAGGAUCAGGUGUGCUCUCCAGGAGGAACAACUAUCGAAGGAGUUCGGGCUCUUGAAAAACAUGGCUUCCGCUCAGCAGUGAUUGAAGCCGUUUCUGCCGCUUCAAAGAAAGCCGAUGACAUGGCGAAAACAGCUAAAUAA